CCGACUCCGCAAUGGCAUGCUCCGUGGAAACUAUCGACCGUCCUGUCCUCGCACUUGGGUUGGGUGCGCUGCAUCGCCAUGGAUCCGGAAAAUCGUUUGUUCGCCACCGGUGCCGCGGAUCGCGUUAUCAAGAUCUGGAACUUCCCCAAAGCCAGUGUCGGAGCCUCGGAUGCCUUGCAACUCACUUUGACGGGACACAUUUCCCCCGUCCGGGGACUCGAAUUUAGUCCCAAACAUCCCUACUUGUUCAGUUGUGCCGAGGACAAGACGGUGAAAUGUUGGGAUCUGGAAACAAACCAGGUAAUUCGACAUUAUCACGGUCACUUGUCGGGAGUCUUUUGCUUGGCGUUGCAUCCAACGUUGGACGUUCUCGUGACGGGGGGACGCGAUGCUGUGGCUCGCGUUUGGGACAUGCGGACCAAGACGCAGAUCCACACCCUGGCGGGACACGAACACACCGUCGCUUCCGUACUGACCCAAUCCACUAAUCCACAAAUCAUUACCGGUUCGCACGAUUGUACCGUCAAAUUGUGGGAUUUGGUCGCCGGCAAGUGUAUGACCACGCUGACGCAUCACCAAAAGUCGGUGCGGGCUUUGGCGGCUCCGUCGUUCGAAAAGACCUUUGUUAGUGGCGCCGCCGACGGAUUGAAGCGGUGGCAGAGUAAGGAUGGUCGGUUUCUGCAAACAAUGACGGGUCACAAGGCCGUAGUGAAUGCACUAGCCGUUAAUGACGAUGGAGUCCUGGUAUCCGGUGGGGACGACGGAUCCUUGCAUUUUUGGGAUUACAAAACGGGUUACGGCUUCCAACAAACACGGAGUGUGGUUCAACCCGGAUCGCUGGAAGCGGAAAACGGUGUCAUGGCGUGCUGUUUCGAUGCGACGGGGAGUCGGCUAAUUACCGGCGAAACCGACAAGACCGUCAAGAUUUGGAAACCGGACGAAACGGCUUCGGAAUUAACGCAUCCCAUCGAC